AUGCGUUUACAACGUUACGACGUUACUUUAGAAUACGUUCCGGGAAAGGAAAUGUUCAUUUCCGAUGCGUUAAGCAGGGCUUACUUACAAGAGUGUACAGAAUCACUGGUUGAUGAGGACAUAGACAUCAAUUUCAUUGAGCAGGAGCUUCCUAUGACGGAAGGAAAACUUCAGGAGCUGAAGGACGCAACUGAGUCUGAUGAACAGUUUCAGGCAUUGGCCGACAUAGUGCGACUGGGAUGGCCAGAAUCUCGGGUUCAAGUUCCAGCAGAUAUAAGAAUAUUUUGGAACUACAGAGAUGAAAUAAUAGUUCUAAAUGGUUUACUGUACAAGGGGCCAGCAGUGAUGAUUCCCAAGUUACUACGUCACCAAAUGUUGAGGAAGUUACAUGAACCUCACCUGGGUAUAGUCAAAACCAAGCAGAGAGCCAGAAAUAUCAUAUUUUGGCCAAACAUGAACUAUGACUUAGAGCAGUUGAUUAAGUCGUGUGGAGUGUGCAACUCAUUUCGCAAAUCAAACACAAAGCAAUCACUCAUACCUCAUGAGAUACCCUCUACUCCUUGGACCAAAGUUGGAGCUGAUAUAUUUCAUUUCAAGGGCAAAGACUAUGUGUUGUUUGUGGACUAUUACUCGAAAUAUCCAGAUAUUAUACCUCUACCAAAUUUGAGAGCAUGUUCCACUAUUGCUGCGUGCAAAACAGUGUUUUCAAGACAAGGCAUACCCUUAGAGCUAUUCACGGACAACGGACCACAAUUCAGUUGUCAUGAAUUCAAACAGUUUGCAUCUGAAUGGGAGUUCACGCACAAUACCUCCAGUCCCCACUAUCCACGUUCAAAUGGUCAAGCGGAACGCUGUAUUCAAACCGUAAAAAACUUACUGAAAAAGGCAGAAGAGAGUAAUGGUGACCCAAAUAUUGCUCUUCUGGAAUACAGAAACUCGCCUAUUGAUGGAGUUGACCUGUCGCCUGCACAGUUAUUGAUGAACAGGACUCUUCGUUCAAAACUACCAACAACCAAAGUGUGGUUGGAACCAAAUUCACUGACGUCUCCACAAUCCAAACUUCAACUUAGGCAGAUGAAACAGAAAUAUUUCCAUGACCGAAAGUGUGCAAAAUUACCGCAUGUUGAGGAUAAAGAAGUUAUCCGUAUACAGAAUCCAGACAAUCGUCAGUGGGAACCAGCUGUAGUUCAAAAGGACUUCGGAAACCGUUCGUACAACGUUUUAAAUCAGCAAGGGAACACAGUAAGAAGAAACAGGAGUCAGAUGUUGAAAAGCAACGAAACAAGAUUCCAUAUUUCACCACCGGAAGUGGAAACAUCGGAAUUCGAACAACCGGAAAUGGAACAAAUGAGCGAUUAUGUUCCAAGUGUGAGUGAUAAUGUGAAAUCCGGUAAUGUAUCCAUGAAUAUCAGUGUGCGUUCCAAACCAGAAAAUUCUAUUUCGUCCGGAAACGUUACCAGAUCUGGAAGGGUUACUAAACCACCUACCUACCUUUCCGAAUAUGUGAAAUAA